AUGCGGCAUUUGUUCAAACUUUUUUUGCUUGGAGCACUUCUACUGGCACUCGGAAAUGGAGCCCCACAGAUUUCGAACAAUGAAACAAGUGUCAUUGAGUCAGGAGCUGGGAAAAAUUGCACCGAAGUCACUUUCAAAACAGUUUUCAGUUGCAUUUAUAGCUUUGGAAGUUUUAUGGCGAAAAUGUAUUUUUUGGACAUGAAGAAACCUUCUAGUCUAAAGAAAUUCCGCGACUCGUGCGGUGCGGUUGCCGAUUGUAUGGAGUCUCUUGAGUGCAGCGAUAAUGCAGAACUUCCGGCAACGACAACAGUCAAAGAUGCUUGUGAGAAUAUUAUCUUCUUAACCUCAGAAUUUCUUCCAUGCCUAACAAAGCUGGAUGAACUGAAACCGGCGCCCGAGUGUGCCAAGGACUGGAACCCAUCUCCAGAUAAAAAUGGAAGUGGUGAAGAGAAGAAGCCAGAAGAAUUGUGCACCACCAUGUUCGGAAAAGACAAUUGCAUGAAGAAAUUGAUCAUUGAUACUUGUGGAGAGAGUGAUUGGCAACUUUUGUUGAAUCGUUUCAAAGCAGCACCUGUCCUCAAGCAAUGUGACUUCAGCGGCCUUUGA